GGACAAAUUUAAAGAAUUGAAGUGCAAUUUACUUAAAAUUAAAUAUCUCGGGCUCAGAUGGACCUCGGCUCGGUAUGGUUCAGCACUCCAGCUUAAGGUGGCAUCGAGCUCGGCUCAUUGACAGCCCUCCCGCUCAGGGCUCUGGCUCACGGCCUGGUUCAUCUCCUAUUCUCCUCCCUGUGUUUCUUAAACCCUUUCCCUUCUCUCCGACUCUCCUCCCUUGCUCUUCCUUUCCUGGCGGCGACGACUGGGCGAGCGGCGGCGCCAUUUGUCACGACUUCGCCCAGCCCUUUGCCGGCGACGAGCAUCCACCAGCCGCCCCUCCGACUCCGGCCUCUGUUCAUCUGUCGUCCUCCUUGGCUCCUAACCUCCAAUUCAGCCUAUUCUAAUCUAAGGAUGAAGUCUAAGGCCAAUGGGAGCAUACAGAAGGCAGGGAAGGCUAAUGAUGUCCAAGGAGGACCAAACUGGGUGCUUGUUGCAGGAGGAGUUUUGCUUAGCACACUUUCAGUCAGACUUGGGUCCAAACUGAAGCAGAUAUUUGUAACCAAGCAGCAAAAUACUUCUACCAAAGCCAAAAGAAGGCCUGGGGCAUGUGAUCUGCACUCCAACCUCUACAGGUUUAGUGAUCAAACUAGCUGUCACUGUUAUAUGUCAGGGCAUGCAGAUGGAGUGGAGUUCAAGCAAGCACCUCCAAGUCCUAUAUCCAGAUCAACUGAACCAUCUAAUCUUCUUGUGAAGAUACCAGCACCAGAAUCAAGCAAAGAGAACAGUGGUGUCAUGUGGUCAUCAUCACCUGACCGGCUUGAAGAUCCCCGCAAAACAUUUCAGUACUCAAACUGUUCAGGCUCUCCCUCUGUUUCAGAAUCAGGAUCCGACAUUUACAGCAAGCGAGAGGUCAUACAGAAGCUGCGGCAGCAGCUCAAGAGACGUGAUGAGAUGAUCAUGGAGAUGCAAGCUCAGAUUACGGAUCUCAAGAACUCUCUCACCAUCCAGGUGACACAGAACACCAACUUGCAGUCUCAAUUGGAUGGCACUAACCGAGAUCUGUUUGAAUCUGAGAGGGAGGUUCAGCAUCUAAGGAAGAUCAUCGCAGAUCAUUGUGUUGCAGAAUCGCUCUUGCAUGACAAACCUUUUCAAGCAGGACAGUGGCAGUCAAAUGGCACCAAUGGGCAUGUUAAUGGCUAUUCUGACAGCAGUUUGGAUGACCCUGAGUUGCAUUGUAACAGUGUGGAGAAGAGGAAAGGAGAGGGAGAGAGGGUGGAGUUGCUAAAGAGAGAGGUCGGUGAGCUGAAGGAAGUUAUCGAAGGCAAGGACUUCCUGCUUCAGAGCUACAAGGAGCAGAAGGUGGAGCUGAGCUCUAAGAUCAGAGAACUGCAGGAAAAGCUCUCAGCUCAAGUGCCGAACAUCUUGUAGUACUCUAGGUUGCCUUGCUACACGGACCAGAAGGUGGUUCUCUGAUACAAUAAGCAGGGCUUUGCAGAAGAAGCUCUCAGUAAACAUCACCAAAAUCUUUGCUAAGGUCUUUGCAGAAUGUUUGGUUGUUGGUUGAUUUUUCUCCCAUUUUAGUCAUGGUGUCAAGUCGAUUUGGCUUUCUGAAUAUUAGGAAGGGUCUCUUCUUUAUUCAUUCAUUUCUCAGACCUAGGUAGUUGGUAGUUCAAUCAAUGGUGAACUUGGCGCCUAGGUAUUUGUACAGGUCUUCCAUUUGCGUACAAUUGUGCAUCGUGCCUCCUCUUUUGGACCAGUAUGGUUCAGAGGGGCCUUUGGAAUGGAUGGGUUGCUAAGCCCACGUAUGGCAUUGCUUCA